UGCUGCUUUAGGGGCCACAACUCAUCACCGAGCACAUCUUCCAGACAGUACACACUACACACUACAUACUGCCGCAGCGGAGCACAGAGGACCGUACAAACGAGCAGAAACAUUCAGAUCAUUUGGAGACACGAAAGCCAAACAGUAGAACCAUGUUUGGAUGCUGGAUUACCUCUUUUUUCUUUCUGUCGGCAACCUCUGAGUUUUUUGUGGUGGUCCUCUCAGACAACAACACUGGAGGUACGGCACAGAAGAAUAGCCUAGAAAUGGGCUUCACUCGUCACAAUAUUCUGAACGCCCAGUUUGAAUGUUACCAGAAGAUUAUGAAAGACACUAAUCACAACAGAACAGAUGGUUCUAUGUGUAAACGGACCUGGGAUGGGUGGAUGUGCUGGGACGAUUUGGAAGCUGGAUUCACUUCAGCCCAGCACUGUCCAGACUACUAUAAUGACUUUGACACCUCAGAAAUGGCGAUAAAGAUUUGUACCAAAUCAGGCCAUUGGUUCGUUCACCCAGAGAGUAACAGAACAUGGACAAAUUACACGGGCUGUAAUAAUUCGUCUAUUGAUCACCAAAAGACAGCACUUAAUCUCUACUACUUGGCUUUGAUUGGUCAUGGAAUGUCGCUGAUAUCUUUGUUUACUUCUCUGGGGAUAUUUUUCUAUUUCAAGAGCUUAAGCUGUCAAAGGAUAACUCUACACAAGAAUCUGUUCUUCUCUUUUGUGCUGAACUCGGUUAUAACUAUCAUCUUUUUCACUUGUGUUGCAAACAACCAAGAAGUAACAAACGCCAACCCAGUGAGCUGUAAAGUAUCUGUGUUCAUCCAUCAUUAUCUCAUGGGCUGUAACUACUUCUGGAUGUUGUGUGAGGGAAUCUACCUGCACACACUCAUUGUGGUGGCAGUAUUUGCUGAGAAGCAGCACCUCAUGUGGUAUUACCUCCUAGGAUGGGGCUUCCCAUUAAUACCUGCAUUUAUCCAUGCAAUAUCCCGAAGUUAUUACUACAAUGACAACUGUUGGAUAAGCUCAAACACUUCUUUGCUCUACAUUAUUCAUGGUCCCAUCUGUGCAGCCCUGUUGAUUAACCUCUUCUUCCUUUUAAACAUUGUGAGAGUGUUGAUCACUAAGCUGAAGGUGACCCACCAGGCAGAAUCCAGUCUGUACAUGAGGGCCGUCAGGGGCACCUUAAUCCUGGUACCUCUGCUGGGCAUUCAGUACAUACUGCUGCCCUACAAACCCGACGGACGGCUCGCCUCAGAGAUAUUUAUGCACACAAUGAACAUACUUAUGCAUUACCAGGGUCUUUUGGUUGCCACUAUAUUUUGCUUUUUCAAUAGCGAGGUGCAAGGUGUAUUACGAAGACACUGGAACCAGUACCGCAUCCAGUUUGGCAGCACAUUUGUGAACAACGAGGCACUGCGUUCUGCAUCCUACACGGCCUCCUCCAUGACGGAGGUCCAUCGAUGUUACAGCAUCGACAGCCACAUGGACACUUUAAACGGCAAGAGUUUUCACAAUCUGGAGACCACCAUUCUCCGAUCAGACAGCCUGUACAUGUGAGAGGCUCUAACUAUUUAACCUUUGGGAGAACAGUCCCAUGGAGAGGACCACUGUGAGAAGAGGCCUACUGGACAUACAUCUGGUUACUUUGGACUACAGACACCCAGAAGACUUUCCUUUUCAACUGAGGCCUUAGUUAUCUCAUGUUUAUGGAUGGGAACUGGAGAAAAUAAUGUAUUUUAUGUGGAAUAUUAAAGCCACAUGAACCUCUUCCAUGAUGAUCCAUUGGAACACUUUGGAGAACAUCACACAUUGUCAGUCUUUCCGAUUUCUUUGAUUGAAAUGGAGAUGUUUUAUGGGUGAAACUAUGAACUGAGGAUCACACCCUAAUGAAGCUUUUUUCUUUAUGGCACUGUGUUGUUUAAGUGAAGUAUGAGCCACACUGAUGCAUUGGAUGAUGGAUUCCACGUCUAUAAAUCUAUGGAUUAUUCUGGCUCAAAGAAUAUGUUGUAGAAGAAAGAAAGAAAGAAACAAACUAAAGAGAGAUGGAAUAACUAGAACCUGAUUCCGGAAGAUACUGAUGACCUUGUCCUGUUCUUUUUGUUCAUCCUGAACUUUGUCUUGUUAUUAGUUAUGUGAUUAAUUUUAUGUGAAAUUUGUAUCCACAUACAGGGCAAUAUUGACAAUAUAUUCUAUGUAUGCAAAAUGUUUUAUUUCUUAUAUGUCAGCAUACAUUUCCCUGCAAAAAGACUAGCAGAUAAUGGAUGAAUUAGGAUAAACCAGUCUGGACUAGCAUUUAAAUUCCUGCUGUUCUUUCCGUCAGGGAUAUUUUAUUGACUUUUAAUUCACUGAAACGUCUUAAACUAAUUUAUCUGUAGUUCAUAUGAAUCUCAGUAUAGGUGAGUCUUGUUGUUCAAGGGCAAGUUACAUUAGCACAUGUGGGUUUACAGAUUUUGGAGAUCUACAGCUCUACAAACCGAGAUGAGGUCUCUAUGUGUCUCUAUGUCUGGAACAUACAGAUGCGUUUGCCGCUGUUUUCAUUGUUGUGUUUCAUAAAACAUUUUAUUUGCACAUGCUGGAUAAAUAAACAUUAAAUUUUUAGAGACGUA